CCGAAAUAUCCGGGCACUGCGUUCAAACAUGGCGGAUAAAUUGCCGAUUUUGCCAAAUUGGUGGAAAUCUUGCCGAUAGAUUGUAAAUAUGAGCAUAAUUCUUUGCAUCGUCAAGCCAGAUCAUUGCUAGAUAAGUGCGAUAUAAAACUAUAACUUUGGAGAAUGGAAAGUGCUGAUGAACAGCAAGAUAUAAAGAAGGAACAGGCAGAAGAGGAGGCAGGUUCAGGGAUAGAAGAUGUCUCAGAUGAUGAUGAUGAAGAGGAGGGUGAUGGUGACGAUGAUGAUGAUGAUGAUGAAGAGGAAGAAGAUGAGGAUGGAGAUGAAGAAUGGGAUUCUGAUGAAGAAGUUGGAGAAGAAAAUGAGGCUGAUGAUAAUGGAGAUGAUGAUGAUGAGGGAGAAGAAGAAGAAGAUUGUGAUGAUGAGGAUGAUGAUGAAGGAGAAGCUGUGUUAGAAGCCAGUGACAGUGAGGGAGAAGAUGGAGAGAGGUGUCCUAUUUGUUUGAACAGAUUUAAGGAUCAGGAUGUUGGUACACCUGAGGCCUGUGACCAUGUCUUCUGUCUGGAAUGUAUACAGGAAUGGUCAGCAAAUGUGAAUACAUGUCCAGUAGACAGACAAGUAUUUAAAUUGAUUUUAUGCAAGCAUGGAGUUGAUGAUAUCAUAUAUAAAAAGCUGACAGUAGAAGAUGUAAACAAACAAGCUGAUGAUGAGGAAGAGGAGGAGCCUACAUAUUGUGAGGUUUGCCAUCAGUGUAACAGAGAAGACCGCCUACUUCUCUGUGAUGGGUGUGACUUGGGUUACCAUCUGGAUUGUCUGUCUCCGCCCCUCAGUCAAGUUCCAGUAGAGGAGUGGUUCUGUCCAAACUGUGCAAGAAGAGAAGGUGCAGAUGCAGACUAUUUACCUGCAUCAGGGUUCCGUAGACAGAUUCCACGUACUCUUGUCAUGGAACGUGUGCGAAGUGCAAUAGAGGAAAGACGAGUGAGACGAACACUGCGUAGAAUUGUCUCGUCGGAUGAGGAAGAGGAGGAGGAGGAAGAGGAAAUAGGACCGCUAUCUUCAGCAGGGUCAUCAUCAGUAUCUAGUCCAGCUAAAAAAUCACCAGUCAAAAAACCUACAGCAAAAAGAAAAACCCCAAGAAAGUACACACGCAGAAAGAAAAGAAAAACAACUAAGAGAAAGACACCCAAAAAGACAGCUACUGGUAAGAAGAAGUCAACUAUUAAGAAAAAGAGAACAAAAACUACAAGGAAGAGAAAAACAAAAAGAAGAGGCAAAAAAGGGAAGAAACUGAAGAGACUUGCUCGUACGGCCAAACCAGCUGCUGUAACUACAGUGAAGACCCGUAUAGCUGGAGCAUUAGGUUUGACAAACCCGCCCAAAGGUCGUACCAUACCCAUGCAGAAGUUGAAGCAGGAGAAAUCCAUUGAUAUGAAGAGGGCAGAUAUAGGGGCAGCAUCGUUAUCAAUAUUUGGUCACAGAGACCAAAUUAAUUUUUAUGAAGAUGAACAAGAUGAGCCAGGUACCAGCAGUACUACUGUAGGUGGAUCUGCAGGAACCAGAAAGUACUCCAAACUAUCAUUGUCUUCCUACAAACCCAUAGGCAGGGUACCUGCUGUGUAAGUAUUUGUCAGAUAAAAAUAAGAUAAACCUGUCCU